AUGCCAGGGGCGCGCACCAGUGCGCGGUUGCGCAAGCGGCCUCGCAUCUCAUACGCGCCGCCGCCUGACGACCUCACGAACAACGAAGCCGCAGCAGACGAUGCCACGGGCCACAACGCCGAGAGCGAAAGCGAGAGUGAGAGCAGUGAGGAUGAAGACGAAGAUUUCACGCUGAAAGGCCGCAAGCGCAAGAAGAAGAGCACGAAGAAGAAGCGCGGUCGCGUCACCAAGCCUAAAGAGCCCAAGCCGUUCCGCUUCAUGGAUCUGCCGGCUGAGCUACGCAAUGCGAUCUACGAGCUGGCACUCACUCACCCGGAACCAAUGCGUUUGCGCGACUAUGACCACACGGGCAGGCAUGCAGUUCGGCUAACAGACUCUACGUUUGGUCGGCGAUAUGCUAAAAGCAGGGAAAAGCUUCCGACGCUCAUACCUAAUCUUCUCCUUCUGAACAAAGCCAUACAUGCCGAAUCGGGCUCGAUCCUUUACCAGAACAAGCUCGUCUUCUACAAUUGCACGGCGAUGUGGCACUUCCUUCAACCACUCAGCCAAACCACCAAAUCAUGGAUCAAGAAAAUCGCGCUGUGCGACAUCAGGACGGGUAAUAUAGCAAAGGGAUACAUGGCCCCAGCUUUCCAGUCACUCAUCGCCCUCCCAAACCUCCAGAGCCUUCAGUUCUUAGAUUUCGACUAUUGGUACUUCACAUGGGCAUUCGCGAAAAUGUUCCUCCGGGAGGCGUAUUACUGGAUCGACGCCGUAGGCAAAGCGAAGGGGGACAGGCAUGCGGCCAUUGAGCUGCUCGCCGUGGAUACCACCAUGACCUCAGUCUCUCCUGCAUCGCAGGAAGACCUUCAGAAAUGGAGUCGCCAAGUGCGGGACUCAAUCAAGGAUAAGAUGAAAUAUUGUUACGGUUCAGCGUAG